GGCUCGCGUCAGGUAGUCUCUCCCGAGUCCGGACUGCGAGAGGUAGCAACGGCCAAGGAACUCGUCACGCCAGUGAUGCUUUCUCUGCUGGUUUAAGCUGAUCUGCGCCCUCACAGGUUCACCACUAUCAUCAGCUGUCUGAGUACCGAUCGUGAAUCAUCAGUGACACAAGUGAUUUAAUUGCGUGAAUGUAUCCUUCUGUAUUUAUGUAUUCGGCUCGCUGUAAAUAUUGAUCGAGCCGUGUGAAAGUGCAGGCCGGAGUCUGAGCCAGGGGAAAGGAACAAGAUUGAGCAAAGGAACUUGGCUCGAUUCUAAGUUGGUACGACUUAUGUAGAGGCAGCUUAUGUGUUUCUGGAGCUGGAAUUAAUUUUGACAUAUUUUUGUUUAGUCAUAUCGUACAGUUCGUAAGGUUAGUGUGUCACAAUAAGUGUUACAGAAGUGUUGUGUAAGUGUGAUAACUGCGCUUCUAAGACUUCGUUGGCGAAAUACGGUGUUGAUCACUUCAAAUUGAACGUGAAGUUGGACGUUUCGACCGAUCCAAGAUGAGCCCAUGGCAGUGUGCUCCUGUUCGGCUUCACAUCUUCUGAGGCGCGCGUUCUGAAGUACUGCAGUUCAGUGGUCAGCACGGAUUAAUUCUAGAGCCGAGUUCUCCCUGUUUCGCGUCCAUUGCUCCCCCACUGCAGGUCGGGAUUCCCUGCCCGUCGGCUUAACGUAUAUCAGCGUUUUCACACGGUAACUUGGAAGUUUCUGCGAUGGGCUGCUUCGGAAGCAAAGACAAACUUUCCAAAGAGGACAUGGACUUUCUCAAAUCUCACACUAGAUACGAUGAAGCAACAAUCAAGGAGUGGUAUAAGGGAUUUAAGCAAGACUGUCCCAACGGAAGGUUAACACCGGCGAAGUUUGUUGACAUGUACAAGAUGUUCUUCCCCAGCGGAAAUGCUGAGGAAUUCUGCGAUCAUGUCUUCCGAACAUUUGACAUGGACAAGAAUGGAUACAUAGACUUCAAGGAGUUUUUGUUGGCCAUUGAUGUCACAUCCUCAGGCACACCAGAGGAGAAGCUGAAGUGGGCAUUCCGCAUGUAUGAUGUAGAUGGAAAUGGGGUCAUAGACAUUCAGGAGAUGACAAAAAUAGUUCAGGCCAUCUACGAUAUGUUGGGUGCCUGCUCAUCCAACCGGCCGGCAGACUCAGCUGAAGAGCGAGCUAAAAACAUCUUUGCCAAAAUGGACGAGAACAACGAUGGUCAGUUGACCCAGGAAGAAUUCCUCAAGGGUUGUCUUCAAGAUGAGGAACUCUCCAAAAUGCUUGCUCCAUAAUGAGUGAAAAUCAAAGCUCCAAAAUACAUGAGACAGUCUCAUCAUAUACAUGUCUUCUCAUUUUAUGAUAUUAAUAUUAAAAAUAUGAGAUUCUGUUGUUGAUAGAACGUUGCAAACGCUGUGUCCAGUGGGUGGUGGAGUAACCAGAACGUUGUGUGCCAUAUCUGAUGAGAAGGAAGCGCUGUAUUAAAACACCAUGUUAUAGGCUAUAUAACCCACAUUCCAUAAUUAAAUCAAAUCGUCAAAUACAACAGAAUGUGUUAUAACACUUUUAUCUUAUUGAAGCAGUCAGGUUGGAGUCAGAUAACCUUCAACAUUCCAGUUUGUGAUAUUCAAUCUUGACCAUGUGAAUGUUUAAAAUGCAGGUGUAACUGCUUCUUCAUUUAGUUUGCUUAUAAAUAUGAUUUGUCAGUGUCUGGAUUCUCAUUACACAUUGCGCUUUGUUCAGAAUAUAUGUGUGUGUGGAGUAUUUGCACAUAUUUGUAAAAUAUCUGAAUGUGCUGUACAGCAGUUUAGCUGAAACUUCGCCCCUGAGCAGUCUGUUUUUGAGAAAUAAGAAUGAAUGAGAUAAAGUGGUUCCUAAUGUUGCACUCAGUAUGUAUUUAACAAAUGUAAUACUCUCGCCAUCUUCUUGUUUGUACUUAAGUGCUAAUUACAGCAUGGAUUCAUGCCUCAGCUGAAGAAUUACUGUCCUGUCUGCGUUUGCACACUUUUCUUUUGUAUGAGAUAUGGCAAAUCUCAUGUUAUGUUGUUUUGGAAUAUCAGUGAUCAAAAUUAUUGAUUCCAGAACAAUUUGCUCACAACAACAGUGGCUGCCAUAUGCUUUUAGGUGGAGGUAUUCUGAAGAAAGAAAUGUAAGCUAGCCUGUAACACCAAGCUGAAUGAUGUAGAAUGUAUAUCAUGCUAAAAAAGAUGUGUGUAAUACUUUCAAACAGUGGUUUGAAGUUGAUGUGUGGCUUCAUGUGGCCAGAAUUUGUUACGGGUCAUGCACUUGCCCCUUAUUUUUCUUCUUGUUUUGAAAUAAAUUGGCCUCUUAGGAUAUCAUGAUGGCUAAGCUUCCUUGUACUGUGUGCCCUGUUCAGGCCUCAACAUUCGUGUGAUAUGUGGGUCGCAAAAAUCUGUGUGGUUAGCCUAAGCAGUCAGUGGGAUAUUGCAAGUACUUCCACAAGAGGAAUAUUAAAUUUCUGGGUAAUGAGGUCCAGUUCAGGUUGGUCUUUUAUUCUCAUUAACGAAAAUUUUACAUUUAAGAGCACAGUCUUCUGGGUUGUAAUGCUAUAUGGUUCAGAGAGAGACUAGUUCCUUGCUUUGCUUACUUUU